GCCGCCACCGCCGCCGCCCGCGCGCCUCUCCGCGCCGGCCGCCCCGCUCGAUCUCGCCAGAUCGCCAACACCCACGUGCUUCUACAGCCGAGCGAUCGAUCCAAGAAAUCCAUCAGCUUGUACGUGCGUCAGCGCCCGCUCUGCCCCGAUCGUCCCCGAUGGCAUCCGCUCCAGCCGCCGCGGCCUCUCCGUUCCUGGCCUCUCGGCCGUCGUUUCCCCUGGCCGGUGCCGAUCCAACUGCUGCUGUCCCGCCGUCGCCGCUGUACGCGGUGGUAUCCGCUGAGCAUCACGCAGCCGCGCCAUCCAUCGCCGGCGUCCAUGCAGGCAUGCAUGGCGCCUUACAUGCACGGCCGUGGCCAAGCCCAUCCAUUGCGGGCGUACAUGCAGGUAUGCAUGGCGCGGGCGUACAAGCAGGCAUGCAUGGCGCCUUACAUGCACGGGCGUGGCAAAAUCCAUCCAUCGCAGACGUACAUGCAGGCGUGCAUGGCGCGUACGGCAUACAUGGCGUGUGGGCUGCGGCUCCCUCCAAUGCGUGGACUGUGUACGGCGCCCCGCCCCCGGCCCCGCUGGCGUACGUCACCGCCCCACCGUCGGCGCUCUCCGACCAGUCCGUUAUCACCCCGCCACCGGCACCGACUCUACCUGGCGACCCCUUGCUGUCGUGCGGGGCAUACGGGGCUUUGCCUGCAUCCACUCACGGGGCUCCGCCCGCGCCUGCAUCCACUCACGGGGCUCCGCCCGCAUCCACGUACGGGGUUUCGUCCGUGUACGGGUCUCCCGGAUACUGGUGGGGGUCGUCAGUGGGCCUACACUCGCCCGCUGGGCAGCAGCCAUCACCGCCGCAGCUGAGCGGCGGCUAUGGUUUCCCCAUGGCGUCUCCAUCCUCCUCGCCGGCCCUGCCGCCGGCGCCCUGGGACCCGGUGCUCCUGACCGCGCAGCAUGCCGCUCCUGUGCCGAACAACUACACUGGCGGUGCUGAUUGGUACAUGGACACCGGUGCUAUGGCUCACAUGUUUGCUCAUCCUGGACGCUCGAACCAGGAUGGUACUCCACCAAUGUGACAGCCCCGACGAGCUUUAUCCGGUACAUCCAUCUUCCACCACCGCCGCACCGGUCGCUCUCUUCGUUGGCGUCGAUCUCUGGCAUGCUCGCUUGGGUCAUCCCAACCCCGUCACACUUUGUAAUAUUCUCAAGAGUUUCAGUUUCAGUUCUACUAAGAUUGAGGAUCACACUUGUCAUGCCUGUCGAGUUGGCAAACAUGUACGCCUGCCGUUU